AUGGCUGCUCCUCCGGCCCCCAUGGACUUCUCUUUGGAGUCUAGGACAGCUGUGGACCAGCGUUGGCCCAGGUUGAGGUCCAGGUCCAAACUGGGCCAGUUAACAGUUCUGGACGUCAGCGUCUGCACACAAACCAACCCAAACAGACUGGGUUCUGCAUUGUUCUGCAUCGCCCCGAGCACAGAGAACGACAAGUUCCAACAGAAGGUGGUCAAAACCCGGCGAAUCAUCUCGCUCCGUCGCAAGGGCUCCUCCCGCCUCCACCCGUACAAACAAGAAGCUACGAAGCCCAGCACCCCUGAUUCCGACUCCUCUUGCCCCUCAUCACCUACCCAUCCUAGCUCCCCAUCAGAUAAGUGUGGGAUCCUCAACGUCACCAAAAUCACAGAACAUGGCAAGAAAGUACGGAAGAACUGGACCUCUUCCUGGGCCGUCCUGCAGGGUCACUCUCUCCUAUUCUCCAAGAGCCAGGGGGGCGGGACCAGCUGGUUUGGGAGUCAUUCUCAGCCUGAGUUCAGUGUGGACCUGAGAGGAGCAUCUAUUGAAUGGGCUAAAGACAAAUCCAGCAAGAAGAACGUCUUGGAGGUGAAAAGUCGUAUGGGCACAGAGCUUCUCAUCCAAUCAGAGAAUGAGAACGCCAUGAACGAAUGGCUAAGAGCCAUCACUGAGACAAUCAGCACACACGCGUGGGAGUCUGAUGAAGCCAUAGAGGAGGACAUGCCGGAGUCUCCCAGCCCUGAGAAACACGACCACAACAAAGACCUCAGGGACUCCAAGAAACUCAGAGCAGCAGGCAUGAAGAGCUCGAGUAGCAUGGACGUGUCGGACCACAGGAAGAGAACCAAACUAAAGAAGUUCCUCACGCGCAGACCCACGCUACAGGCAGUCAGGGACAAGGGCUACAUCAAAGACCAGGUGUUUGGCUGCAGUUUGAGCAGUCUGUGUCAGAGGGAGUACUCUACGGUCCCAAGCUUCGUCAGGAUGUGCAUCGACCACGUGGAGAACAACGGCCUGAGUGUGGACGGUCUGUACAGAGUGAGUGGAAAUCUGGCAGUGAUCCAGAAACUCCGCUUCGCUGUCAAUCACGAUGAGCGUGUGGACCUGCAGGAUGGGAAGUGGGAGGAUAUCCACGUCACUGCUGGAGCCCUCAAGAUGUUCUUCCGCGAGCUUCCGGAACCCCUCUUCACAUACACACUCUUCCAGGAGUUUCUCAAUGCCAUCAAAAUCCCAGAUUACAGACAGCGUGUUCAGUCCAUGAAGGAUCUGGUGAAGCAGUUGCCCCGGCCAAACCACGACACCAUGCAGGCUCUCUUCACACACCUCAUGAAAGUGGUGGACCACGGAGAGGAGAACCGCAUGACGGCCCAGAGCGUGGCCAUCGUGUUCGGCCCGACGCUGCUGCGGCCCGAGACCGAGUCCUGGAACAUGGCGGUCCACAUGGUCUACCAGAACCAGAUCGUGGAGCUCCUCCUCCUGGAACAGGACACCAUCUUCUCCAGAUAGCCAAUCACAGUCAAGAACACACCCACCGCUGCGUCAGACACACCCACCGCCGAAAGGGGUGGGGUUUGGAGAUAGAUGCCCGCCACUCAGAGGGAAGGGCCGCCCACUCAGAGGGAAGGACCGCCCACUCAGAGGGAAGGCCCGCCCACUCAGAGCUAAAACUUUGCCUUUUAUGGACUCUGACUCCGCCUCCUCACGGCUCUGGGGAGGCCCACUGUAUACCGAUGGGUACAGGGCAGAACACUGCAUCUCUCUCUCGCUUCACACACACACACACACACACACACACACACACACACACACACACACACACACACAC